GGUUGUUGAUGUUAGCUAUCAGAAGUCAGGCGGUUGCAGAGGACAGCAAGCGGAUCACAAUGCAGUUCCUUGGCCGACUGUUGGACACAGUGUCCUCUGUCUCCACCCUCUUCACCAACCCCUACCGGGUGCGAGAUGUGCCGCUAUCCGACUAUGGUGGAGGAGGCAAAGAGUUGCUGAAGGAGGAGGGACGCAUCGUCUUGUACAGGAACACCAACUGCCAGUCUUGGGACUGUCUCCUCAUGUGCCCAGAGACUCCAAAUGUGGUUCUCAGGCUGUUUCAGGUGGGUUCCGAGGAGGACGCCAUGAACUGGUUCCCGCAGUAUGCCCUCAAGCUCCGGCCCUUCUAUGAGACACUUCCUCUGAAAGCUGAGACCUCCCAGCCAAUCGUCGACUGCAUCCGCAGCCACCCGGACUGGAGCUCCGCCCACAUCGCUGUGGAAACGGGACUGAGAGAGUGUCUCAAACACAACUAUAUCCAGAGUCAGAUCAACUCUCGGAAUGCAUCAGGUCAGACACCGCUGCACCUGGCGUGCGAGCGCGGUGACUUGGUGUCUGUGAAGGAGCUGUUGGAGGAAAGCCAAGCUCGCACUGACAUCAAAGACCGCAGCGGGGAGACCCCCAUGCACUGUGCCGCUAAGCAGGAGUCUCCCGCCGUCAUCCAGGUCCUGUGCUCGCGGCUGUGCUCGGGGGUGAACGAGUUCAACUGCAACGGGGAAACGCCUCUCCAUGUAGCGUGCCGCAUGGGACGCGUGGAGGCCGUCAAAGCCUUGUUAGAUGGCGGGGCCAAGUGUAAUGUCAUCGGUGGCAACGGCUAUCCCAUCCACAGUGCGAUGAAGUAUAGCGAGAAGGGCUGUGUGGAGGAGGUCCUAAAAGCAGACCCAGGCCAGCUACAGGCAGAAGACUCUCUGUAUGGUGGGACGCCUCUGCACUGGGCCAAAACGGCUGAGAUGUGUCGUUUGCUGCUGGAGCACGGCUGUGCGGUGAACUACCUCAGUAAGACCGGAGAGAGCGCCCUCCACAUUUUGACCAAGAGGGGUCGCUUUGAGGCGGCCAUGGUGCUGCUCACCCACGGGGCAAAUGCCAACCUGAAGGGUCAGGAUGGGAACACAGCCCUUCACUUGGCUAUGAAGAUGGACCACAUGGAGUUAAUCAAAGCUCUGAUCGUGUUUGGUGCCGACGUGGAGAUCCACAACGACCUGGGAGAAACUCCGGGACUGAUCGCUGCACGCAACAGCAAAGGUCCUAAUAGAAAGAUACUGCUGGACAUGCUGUGUAGUGUAGGAGUCCAGCGUUGCCUCCCUCCCUCCCCCGGCAGUCCUCCUCCCGUCUCCUUCAAGGCCACAUCUCAAAGCAUAGGCUUCGACAACAUCAUGCAUGUGGGCGCUGCAAUCGGCGCAAUGAGCAGAAGCACCUCUGAAGUGGACGGCUCCAAAAUGGAGAAAAUGAAGAUGGACAGACUGCUGUGUCUGGAUGGCGGAGGUAUUAAGGGUCUCGUGCUGAUCCAGAUGUUGAUCGCUCUGGAGAAGGAGGCCGGUCGACCCACCCGAGAGCUCUUUGACUGGGUAGCUGGCACGAGCACCGGGGGAAUACUGGCCCUCGCUAUAGUCCACGGCAAGUCCAUGGAGUACCUGCGCUGCUUAUACUUUAGGAUGAAGGAACAGGUUUUUAAGGGGUCACGACCCUAUGAAUCAGCACCGCUGGAGGACUUCCUGAAGAAAGAGUUUGGGGAGAACACCAAGAUGACGGAAGUUCAGUUCCCCAGAGUGAUGGUGACCAGUGUCCUCGCAGACAGACACCCGGGCGAGCUGCACAUCUUCAGGAACUACAACCCUCCCUCCGUCCACAGAGAGCCACCGUACACCACCACUGCCACAUUCAAACCAAUCACCAUUCCACAAGAACAACUCGUAUGGCGAGCUGCACGCUCCAGCGGCGCUGCUCCGACUUACUUCCGACCAAUGGGACGUUUUCUGGAUGGAGGGCUGCUGGCCAAUAACCCGACACUGGACGCCAUGUCAGAAAUCCAUCAGUACAACAAAUCCUUAAAGGUAGAGGGUCACAGGCAUGAAAUCAAGAAAUUGGGUAUAGUGGUCUCCCUUGGUACAGGUAAACCCCCUCAGGUGGUGGUGAGCUCUGUGGAUGUUUUCCGACCUUCCAAUCCUCUGGAGCUCGCCAAGAGCUUUGUUGGAGCAAAGGAGCUGGGCAAGAUGCUGGUGGACUGUUGUACGGACUCCGAUGGCUGUGCUGUGGACAGAGCAAGAGCCUGGUGUGAAAUGAUUGACACCAUCUAUCACAGACUGAGCCCCCAGCUGUCACAGGAGGUGAUGCUGGACGAGGUGAGUGACGCAGUGCUGGUGGACAUGCUGUGGGAAACGCAGAUGUACCUGUAUGAGAAAAGAGAGAUCCUCCGAUCCUUGGCUAAUGUGCUUCUGAAUCACUGAAAGUGUGUGUGUGUGUGUGUGUGUGUGUGAGGAAGUUACAAGGAGAAGGUGAAGUUGUUUGUGUGAGAGCAGAAGAGAUGGUGUCAUAUUAAAAGAUGAGUAGCUGGACAGAGGGACAAAGACAUUGUGUCAUUGUGCAAGUGAAGUAACUGACAAUUUUACAUGUUUGAGUGUGAGAAUGCAGGACAAGUAGAGGAAGUAAUAUCAACCACAGUAGAUAAAAAUGUGACACACUCACACUGACAUAAAAUGUCUUGUUUUCCACUCUUCAUACUGUGUGGUGACAGUGUGAGAACAAAUUAAAAACAAACCCUGAUUAUAAGUAACUUCUCCUUUUCACACUGCUUCCAAGUAUUUAGUAAAUGUACUGCCUUAUGUGUCAGGGACCCAGAUUUGUACUGUUUCCUAUCCCCACUAUUAAUUUUCAUGCUUUUAUCAUGUAUCCGCACUGACUUAAAACAAAAAUAUCCAACCUCAUAACCACAUGUUUAACUUGUAGCAUUACAACAGGACUGAAAAUGAGACUUGAAUGAUCAACUUACUUGAAAGAGCGAGAAACAAAGACUCCUUGCUACUUGCACAAAGUAAACUUGACAUAAGAAUAAUAAUAAUAUCCUAUGUUUUUUUUGUAUUUGGAAGAAACAAUGAUGUGAAAACUGGUAUAUUAAUAAACUAUAUUAAUAUUGA